GGCCGGGCGCGCUCCCCUGCGCCCCAGUCGCGCCGCGCACUUCUGCCUCCCGCCGCUGUCGCCUCGCCCGCUAUGGCUCCCGGCGACGCCCUGCCCGCGCUCCUGGCCCUGCUCGGGGCUCUGCUCCCAGGACCUGGAGGUGCCCAAACCUCCGUGUUCCCCACCGAGGCCACGCUGCCCCGAGGGGGCUCCGUGCAAAUCAACUGCAGUUCCUCCUGUGACCAGCAGGCCUCCUUAGGCCUGGAGACUGACUUGGAUAAAACAGAGGUGGCCCGUGGAAACAACUGGAAGGCCUACGAGCUGAGCAACGUGCGCAAAGACAGCAAUCUGAUAUGCUUCUCAGUCUGCGGCGGCGAGCAGACCAUGGCUGCGGCGUCCCUCACCGUCUACUGGUGCCCGGAUCAGGUGGAGCUGGCGCCCCUGCCCUCCUGGCAGCCUGUCGGCGAGAACCUCACCCUGCGCUGCCAGGUGGCCGGAGGGGCGCCCCGGGCCAACCUCACCGUGGUGUUUCUCCGUGGGGAGGAGGAGCUGGACCGGCAGCCGGUGGUGGGGGAGCCCGCCGAGGUCGCGGCCACAGUGCUGGUGGCCAGACGCGACCAUGGGGCCAAUUUCUCCUGCCGCACGGAACUGGAUCUGCGGCCUCUAGGACUGGAACUGUUCGAGAACACCUCAGCCCCGCGUCAGCUCCGAGCCUUCGCCCUGCCGCCCACCGGCCCGCGCCUGGACGCGCCCCGGGUCCUGGAGACGGGCACGCGGCGGGCCGCGGUCUGCUCUCUGGACCGGCUGUUCCCAGUCGCAGAGGCCCAGGUUCACCUGGCACUGGGGGACCGGAGGCUGGCCCCCACGAUCGCGACCCACGGCGACUCCCUCUCGGCGCAGGCCCUGCUGCGGGCGAAGGCGGGGGAGGAGGGCUCCCGGCAGCUCACGUGCGCGGUGACGUUGGGCAACCGGAGCCGGGAGACUCGCCAGACCGUGACCCUCUACAGCUUCCCGGCGCCCAACCUGACUCUGAGCGAGCCGGAGGUUUCAGAAGGGACAGAGGUGGUCGUGGAGUGCCAGGCCCAAGCUGAAGCCGUGGUGACGCUCAGUGGGGCUCCAGCGGGGCCACCAGGCCCGCGGGCCCAAUUCUUGCUGAACGCCAGCGCUGAGGACAACGGGCGCAGCUUCUCCUGCUCUGCGGCCCUGGAGGUGGCCGGGCAGGUGCUGCAGAAGAACCGGACCCGGGAGCUCCGCGUCCUGUACGGCCCCUGGCUGGACGAGAGGGACUGCCCGGGAAACUGGACGUGGAAAGAAGGCACCAAGCAGACCCUGAGAUGCCGGGCGCGGGGGAACCCGCCCCCCGACCUGAACUGUUCCCGGGAAAAGGAUGGGGCUUUGCUGCCCAUCGGGAACCUGAGCCAUGUCACGCGGAGCCUUUCGGGCACCUACGUCUGCCGGGCGGUCAGCAGUCGUGGGCAGCUCACCCGGGAGGUGUUGGUGACCGUGCUCUACUCAGACCACCAGAAUUUAGUGGCCAUCGUGGUGGUGACGAUCUUAGUCAUCCUGGGCGUUGCGGGGACCGCGGCUUACCUCUAUAACCGCCAGCGGAAGAUCAAGAAAUACAAGCUACAAGAGGCUCAGAAGGCAGCCACCAUGAAACUGAACACACCAGCCACGCCACCCUGAGCCCGUCCCAGGACCGGGCCUCCACCUCGGCCCCCCACGUGGUGAACGGAGCGGUGGACAGAUGCCUUUCGGCUACAUCCACCGCUCCAGCGCGCCGGAGGACAGGACAGCAGCCUUGGUCACCCGCAGGUGGCGUUUGGGGUCAUGGCACCUUGGGCCCCUCAUACCUGACCUGUGGCCACAGGACCGAGCCAAGAGGAGGGGGCAGGACUCAAGGCACAAUUGUGAGGAAUAUCAAAGUCUAACCCGGCCACAGUGGGAGUGAUAAGAGACACCCCCCCAAUGUGGGGACACACAGCCGGAAAACACUGAAACUCUCUGCCUGCUGUGUGCACCGAGGCCCCACGGCCCCAAGGAAGACGUGGCCCUGCGCAGACACGCGCAGCAUCGAAACACAGAUGCCCACACUUCCUCUGACAGAUGCCUGCUCCCGAGCCGCUGUUUACUAACUGUCCUCAACUGUCGAUAAUGCCGUAUUUAUUCAUUUGUGAUUUUACCAGCUA